CCCGGGGGCGGGCCGGGCCCGCGCCCGCUGUGAGGUGCGGGGAUGGCCCCGCCUGAGGGCAGCGGGCAUCUCCGCGCCGCCCCGCCGGCCGCGGGGGCAGCGGCACGGGAGGCGGAGGCAGGGACGGGAAGGGAAGGGCCGCCCUCGCCCACCCCGGCGGCGGAGAGCGAGCUGGGGCAGCGGAGGCGAGGGGCGGGAGGAGAGGGAGCGCGGGCGCGGGGCGGCUUCCCGCGGGCGUGUGCGGGGCCGCGGAGGCGGCGGGACGCGAGGAGGGGCGCGGGGCGCAUGGAGGAGCGGCGCGGUGCGGGGCCGGCCCGGGCGGCCGGCGGGCGCUGAGGCAGCGGCGGCCCGGGGGCGCUGCGGGCACGGCCGCCGCGCAGCGAGCCAUGCGGGGGGCGAGGCGGCUGGCGGGUCUGCUGUGCCCCCUCUCCCUGCUCGUCACCGCGUCGUGGGGAGUCCGCUUCCACCCCGGACAAGAGACCUUGGUGAAGCAGCUCUCCUCUUAUGAAAUCAUCACACCUGUCCGAGUGAAUGAGUUUGGAGAAGUUUUCCCGCACACGCAUCACUUCAGAAGGAGGAGAAGGAGCUUGGAGGCACCGCUGGAGCCCGCUGCUUUCCGAACACAUUACCAGCUCAGAGCAUACGGGCAGGUCUUCCAGCUCAACCUGAGUGCUGAUGCGGGCUUCCUCGCUGCUCCGUACACGGUGGUGCACGUCGGGGCACCGCAGAAGCAGCCGUCCCCUGAUUUGCGCCACUGUUUCUAUCGCGGGCAUGUCAAUGCCCAGGAAACGCACAUGGCUGUCUUCAGCAUCUGUGGUGGUUUGAUGGGCACCUUCAAGGCACAUGAUGGUGAAUACAUUUUAGAACCUCUGAUGAAAGCGGAUGGAGGUGAACAUGAAGAUGAACAUAACAAACCACAUCUUAUAUACAGGCAUGAUGAACUUAAAAAAGAGUAUCAGAAAUCCCAUAAACCUUGUGAAGUUUCAGAGAAAGAGUUGAAGAAGAGCACUUUAUUACAUCCAACCUUCAGCAGUUUAGAUGAGAAGAGCAGUGUUUUACAGAAGUCUCUCAGUUUAAAGUAUGCUUUAAAUAACCUCUCCAUAGAGGAUGGUGGCAAUCCACAUUCCAGGAAGAAACGUUUUCUUUCCUAUCCAAGAUAUGUAGAAGUGAUGGUCACAGCUGACACCAAAAUGGUUCGUCACCAUGGGCAGAAUUUACAGCACUAUGUACUAACAUUGAUGUCAAUAGUUGCAGCAAUCUAUAAAGAUUCAAGUAUUGGAAAUCUUAUAAAUAUAGUUAUUGUCAAAUUAAUUGUAAUUCACAAUGAACAGGAAGGACCAGCUAUCACUUUUAAUGCAGCUACCACUCUGCGUAAUUUUUGCUUAUGGCAGCAAACACAAAACACUUUGGAUGAUGCUCACCCUUCUCAUCACGAUACUGCUGUUCUCAUCACUAGGGAAGAUAUCUGCAGAGCUAGAGAGAAGUGUGAUACUCUUGGUUUAGCAGAGCUAGGUACAAUGUGUGACCCACUACGCAGUUGUUCUGUAAGUGAAGAAAAUGGAUUGAGUGCUGCUUUUACUAUAGCACAUGAGCUUGGACAUGUGUUUAAUGUGCCUCAUGAUGAUAGUUUUAAAUGUAAAGAAGCUGGAAUUAAACACCAAUAUCAUGUGAUGGCUCCAACUUUAAAUUAUCAUACAAGUCCAUGGACCUGGUCAAAAUGCAGUCAAAAAUACAUCACUGAAUUUCUUGAUACUGGUUAUGGUGAAUGCCUCCUAGACAAACCCAAUGGAGUAACAUAUGAUCUCUCCUCUCAGCUGCCUGGAUCAAUGUAUGAUGUCAACAAGCAGUGUGAGCUUACUUUUGGUAUUGGGUCACAAGUAUGCCCUUACCUGAAACAAUGCAAACGCUUGUGGUGCACAAGCACAGAAGGUGUUCACAAGGGUUGUCGUACCCAGCACAUGCCUUUGGCUGAUGGAACAGCUUGUGGUGUAGGCAUGCACUGCCGCCAUGGAAUUUGUGUGAGCAGAGAAAUGGAGCUGCGCCCUGUAGAUGGAGAAUGGGGACCAUGGGGGCCUUAUAGCACGUGUUCCAGAACUUGUGGAGGUGGAAUCAAGAGCACCACCAGGCUGUGUAAUCGACCAGAGCCAAGAAAUGAAGGAAAGUACUGUGUUGGUCGCAGGAUGAAAUUUCGGUCAUGUAAUACUGAUUCAUGUCCAAAAGGCAAAAAAGAUUUUCGGGAGCAACAGUGCUCUGAAUUUGAUGGCAAACACUUUAAUAUCAAUGGUCUUACCUCUGCUGUUCGCUGGCUUCCAAAAUACAGUGGUAUUUCUAUGAAAGAUCGCUGUAAACUUUUUUGCCGAGUUUCUGGAACAACUUCCUACUAUCAGCUGAAGGACAGAGUUGCUGAUGGUACUCCCUGUGGAGCAGAUACCAAUGACCUUUGUGUUCAAGGCUUAUGCAGGCAAGCAGGCUGUGAUCACGUUUUGAAUUCGAAGGCAAGGAGAGACAAAUGUGGAAUCUGUGGUGGUGAUAAUUCUUCAUGUAAGACACUUGCAGGUACUUUCAACAGUGCUCAUUAUGGUUACAAUGUUGUAGUAAAUAUUCCCAAAGGAGCAACAAACAUUGAUAUUCAACAGCACAGCUACUCAGGGAAACCAGAAGACGACAACUACCUUGCUUUAUCCGAUGCCCACGGAAAUUUUAUCUUGAAUGGAAAUUUUGUUGUAAGCAUGUCAAAAAGAGAAAUCAAUAUACAAGGAGCCAUUUUUGAGUACAGUGGUUCAAACAAUACAAUAGAACGAAUUAACAGCACUGAUAAAGUUGAAGAAGAGCUAACCUUACAGGUUUUGUGUGUAGGGAAUUUAUACAACCCUGAUGUGCGUUAUUCAUUCAAUGUCCCGAUAGAAGAUGGAACUGAUCUGUUUACCUGGGAUCCUUAUGGACCCUGGCAAGAUUGCAGCAGGAUGUGCCAAGGUAUUCGAAGAAGAAGAAUGACAUGUAUACGUAAAAGUGAUCGUAUGGUAGUGUCUGAUCAAAGAUGUGAACUUAUACCCACUGUACCAGGUGUCUUCGAGGAGUGUAAUACAGAGUGUGAAUUAAGGUGGCACAGUGUUGGCAAAAGUGACUGUACAUCGAAGUGCGGCCCAGGACAUCGGUCUGUUGAGAUCCACUGCAUGAAGUACUCUAUUGCUAGAGGACUCAGUGCUCCAGUGGAGGAUAAGUACUGUGCUGAUCAGCAGAAACCACCAGCCAGAGAGCCUUGCCAUGGUGACUGUACGUUAAGAAGAUGGCACUACACAGAAUGGUCAGAGUGUUCCAGGAGCUGUGCAAGAGGUGUCAGAACCAGAGAAGCUUUUUGUAUGAACAACUUGGGACGUCAUCUUCCUGACAGAGAAUGCCAGGAACUUCCAAGAGUUGUAACACAGAGCUGCAAUGAAUUCUUAUGUCCAAGCUGGUCAGUUACUGACUGGAGUGAGUGUCCUGUGACAUGUGGCAAAGGAAUGAAGCAUCGUCAAGUCUGGUGCCAACUUAAUGAUGAACGACUAAGAGAUGAUUUCUGUAACCCAAAUGACAGACCAGAGUCAAUAACACCGUGUGAACUUCAUGAAUGUGCAUCUUGGCAAGUAGGGCCUUGGGGAUCAUGUGCUGUAACGUGUGGACGCGGAUACCAGGUGCGCGCAGUCAGAUGUGUUACUGGGACGUACCGCGUUAUUCUGAACGACGACAGGGAGUGCAAUGCUGCCACUCGUCCUAGAGACAGUCAAGAAUGUGAAUUGCCCUCUUGUCCAGAAAAUACAAAAUUAUGGACUACUUCACUUCCUCUAGUUCAUGUGGGGAAGGUGACCCAAUGGAGAUAUGGAUCAUGGACCCCAUGCUCUGCAUCCUGUGGGAAGGGCGAUCGUGCUCGCUAUGUGAGUUGUAGAGAUGCUCAUGGAGAGAUAGCAGAUGAGUCUUUGUGUGCUUAUUUACCACGACCAGCUGAAAUUUCAAGCUGCUUUAGCCCAUGUGGAGAGUGGAAAGUUGGAAAUUGGUCCCCGUGUACAGUUACGUGUGACAGUGGGAUAAUAACAAGACAAGUCAUCUGUGUCAAUUAUCAUCAGCAAAUCAGUGAAAAUUACUGUGAUCCUGAAGGCCGACCUCCUGAGGAACAAGAAUGUAACAUGCCACCAUGCCCACCAGUUUAUCAUCAUGUUCCAAAACUACAUGACCAUCCAAGCCAUUUUCCAGAAGCAGGUUACCUCCCAAUACAUCCUCCACAAGACAGUUUAAACCAGUGGAACCGUCCUUCUGUGGGAGGAUAUCAGUGGAGAACUGGACCCUGGGGAGCAUGCUCUAGUACUUGUGCAGGUGGAUUUCAGCGCCGAGUUGUAGUAUGCCAAGAUGAGGAAGGAAGAAGUGCCAGUAACUGUGAUGAGGCAACAAAACCUUCUGAGUCGAGACACUGUGAUUCUGGACCCUGCCCACAGUGGAACUUUGGGAACUGGGGAGAAUGUACUCAGACUUGUGGAGAUGGGAUAAAGACAAGACUGGUGAUUUGUCAGCUUCCCACUGGCCAAAUGUUGGGUGAUCAAAACUGCGAAAUUCUAGACAAACCACCUAACAUGGCACAAUGUAAUGUGCAUUCUUGCCCUGGUGAUGUUUCUUGGCAUCGGGGACCGUGGAAAUCGUGUUCUGUUUCCUGUGGAAAAGGUUUGAAGUUUCGUGAUGUGCAUUGCAUUAACAGCUUCCAAGCGAAAAUAGAAGAAGACAACUGCAAACAUUUGAAAAAGCCACGAACAUACAAAAUAUGUAGAGCUGGAAGAUGUCCUUCUUGGAAGGCCAGCAGAUGGAAUGAGUGCUCUGUAUCCUGUGGAGUGGGGAUUCAGCAAAGGGACAUCUCCUGCCAGGUGACAGGCCUGGGGCAGGUGAGUGAUGCCCUGUGCAGCCGUGACCUGCGCCCUGCCAGCACGAGGCACUGCCAGCUGCCCGCCUGCCUUCCGUACCACUGGCUGGCACAUGGGUGGGAAGAUUGCUCAGCGUCACCUAGAAGAAAGGAGAUAUACAGGAAAGUAAAAUGUGUGAAUGAAAACCAGCUCCAAGUCGAUGAAAGCUUCUGUGAUCCUGCCACAAAGCCUCCAUCAUCCAAAACCUGCAGGGUAUCUCCCUCUAAAUAUGUUGUGUUCACAGGAGAACUGUCACAGUGCUCAGAAAGCUGUGGGUUUGGUCACCAGCAGAGGAUCCCGUACUGUGUUGGAAUGCACUCUGUCCAAAGCCGGCACAUGCGCGGCCUUCGGGCUGUGGCGUACCGAGGAUGCCCGGUCGAGCCAUCCCCCUACAUUUACAGAUGCAAUGUCAAAGGGUGUUCACAAGCAGCUACAUGGACAGUGGGGAAGUGGACCAAAUGCUCAGCAUCUUGUGGAGUGGGGAUAAAGCAGAGAACAGUAGAGUGUAUGACUGAAAAUGGCUUAUCUAGUGACUUGUGCCUGCCAGGUUUAAAACCAGAUGCCAGAAAGAUCUGCCACGAGAAAGAAUGUGAAAUUCUUACCACCUGCAAAGAUAUGCAGAUUAAAAAAGGGAUGAGAAGGGAUGGUGAAUACCUACUUAACGUUAAGGGAAGAAUAAUAAAGAUUUAUUGCUCAGGCAUGCACUUAGAAAAUCCCAAAGAAUAUUUGACAUUGGUAAAAGGUGAAGCAGAAAACUUUUCUGAAAUAUAUGGAUACAGGUUGCAGAAUCCAUAUGAAUGUCCUUUCAAUGGAAGCAGAAGGCAAGACUGUGCCUGUCGAAAUGAUUACCUUGCAGCUGGCUUCACAGUUUUUAGCAAAAUAAGAUUUGAUGUAGCUUCUAUGCAAAUUAAAACCACAGAUUUUCUUUUUGCUCAGACUAUACUUGGGAGAGCAGUACCAUUUGCUACAGCUGGAGACUGCUACAGUGCAGCCAGAUGUCCACAGGGUCAGUUCAGCAUUAACUUGGCUGGUACAGGUCUGAGAUUAUCCAGUACAGUGAGGUGGAUUGCUCAGGGCAACUAUGCGACUGCUGACAUACACAAAUCCCACGAUGGUACUAAAAUAUAUGGAAGAUGUGGAGGAUUUUGUGGAAAAUGUGUUCCUAAUACAAUUAUUGGUCUCCAACUUCAAAUACAGUGAGAACUCUGAUGUACUAAGAGCAUCAAAGCAGGGACAUUCAUCACUUAGGUUCAAAUUGUAGGUGCUUUGUAUAUGUAUAUUGUAAUUUUUUCAUGUCUGUAGUGCUCAUCACUGUAACAUUCACUAAUAAGAAUUCCUUUUUUCUUCAGGAUUUACUCAAGGUUGAGUAUUAUCUGUUUGUGGGCUAGCAAGUGCAUAAAUCACAAUCAGAAACCUUCAGGUUUUACAGAAGUAUUUGUUCAAAGUACAGAAUGUACUAACAAGUAAAUUGCACUGGGAUUACUUCCAUGGGUAACACUCUAAAUUUUACCAUAAUUGUAAUUCUUUACCUGUAACUUACCAGUAUAAUUCUUUAUGCAGUAUUCAGUAAAAUUUAUCCUCUACUGAUCUCCUUUGAUAAAUUGUGCUAAAAUAUAGACAGGAAAGCUUUACUGCAAUAUAAAGAGACAGGUAAUUUCAAUACUUCCAAUUUUGUGCAAACUUGUAGGGAUCGUCUGUCAAUAACUUACAGCUGAAAAGUACAUAGCCACAAUGCUUGAGAUAGUUGCAUAGAUCUGUGUGUUUCUCUGUCAGUGAAAGCAUUUUCCCCUAUCCCUUUCAUUAUAUUUUUGUGGUGCUCAAAUCCUAGCAGAAAUGCUGAGAAGUGUGGUUUAACCUCUGUAGUCUCUGUAGCACACGUUCAACAUCAGGUCUUAGGUUUGCUGUGGUUACAGGAAAAGAAAAUAUGGAAACAAAUUGCUUCAAAACCUGAUUUUAAAUUGGUGCCUCUCAUCCAAGUAUACUGUGAAAGCCGUGCAUUCUGUUUACCAUGGGAUCUUGUGUAUAAUUGCACAAAUAUGUAGUUGGUUAAACACUGUCCAUAUCCACCUUACUCCUUUACCCUGGCCAAUGGCACAUUAGUAACUGCAUCCUUCAAAGUCUGAUUCAGCAUCAUUUUCAAUAACCUUAGUAAAAAAUCUGGACAGAGGCAGCACCCACUGUGGUUUUGGUGUCCAUCUUUGACUCAGUUUGAUUUUUCAAUGUCUGUAAAUACAGUUCUAACAUCUGCUCUUAAAAGAAGAGUUACAAGGUUUAAAAAAUGAUCUAGCUCUUUGAUUUGUUGGUUUGUAUUACUUUACAAUCCAGAACUGUAGAAAUAUAUGCAUAUACAGAUAAUGUGCUUUAGGGCCAACUCUCAGGUACUCAGAAUAAAAUUUUCUACCUGCAUAAUAAUAUAUAUUAUUUUACCAGAUAAUUCUAAUCUACCAGAUGAUUAUACAUGCUAUUUCUGACCAUAUGCAUUCUGUAAACCAAAUAUUUAUUUUGCAUGCCAGUAUAAUUGGUAAAUCAAGUGGCAGCUAUAUCACAUUUUUACCCACAAAAUGUUAGCCAUGAAUUAGCAAUAUUUAUUAAUUAAAAACGACACUGUACCACAGAAGUGUAUGCAGCUUCUUUUAAGAUAACACAUGUAGGUAAUUAUUUUGUGAUCUCUGCAUCAGAAAUGUAUUUUUGCACUAUGUGCCUUAUAAUAGUUGUAAACAUUAAUAAGACUAUAAAACAUUAUUUUCCUAGAAGUGUUUACAUUUGCAAUUAAGAUCUUGUAAUUUAAAAAAUAUUUAUAUAAUAAAUAUGCUUGUGUGAAAGGUACCAGGUUACUUUUGUUUGGGUUCUUUUUGUAUCGUACUCCAAGUAAAAAAUGUUGCAAAAACAUUUCAGCUUCUUUAAGCUGAAAUAAGAUAAUUUACAGAAUAAUUACAUUCUUAAUGCUUCCCUACAGUGGUAUACAUUGACAUGUACUGGAAUAACUGGAGGCUGUAGUUACAGGAAUAAUUUAUAUAGAAGCAAAUCCUGGUUCAGAGGGAAGAACUCCAUGUCUGUCAGCUCUUUCCAUUUAUCCUCCCACAGUUAGCUAUAUUUUUGGGAGGGGUUGCCCUGCAAAUUGUUAACUGAAAUAAUGUAGAUAUCUGAAAUUAUUUUCCUCUGUUUGUGCUAACUCCAGCUUUUAUAGCAUGGUCCCUUGCCUGCUGCUUUGGCAGAAGGGCAACUGCAGUUUGCCUCUAUCCCCAAGAGGACUUUUUUCUUUUCAGCUCAUUUAAAGGCUACAAAGCAUUCGCCUCUGCUGCCACAAAGUGUCUUUUAAUGCAGUAUUCAACACAUCAUGUUUCUCUUGGAUAAUAAAAUGUAUUUUUGAGUAAAAAUGUGUUUUCUGUACUUAUAGCAUAGACUUAUAGCAUACUUGUAGCAUAAUGUGGUCCAACUUCUGCAUAGAACAACACUAUAUUAUAUUGUAAAUUUUUGCAUAUUUUCUUUCUUAUACCGUUGAUUUAGAGUUUCAGCCAACUGUAGGUAAAAAGUAAUCCUUAUGUUCUGACACUUUGUGACUUCCCUGUGUAAGUUGUUUGGUUUUUUUUUGAGGAAGAAGGGCUCAAUCACUCAUCCCAUUUUCAAGUUUCUAACUUUUUGUCCCGAGGGCAAUUGGGCAAUUUAAGAAAAACACAAGCCUAAUGAUUAGCUCUGAAGAAACUGGAGAUUUGAUGAUGCUGACAUGUUAGGAGGCCAUGCAAACAAAAAAGAGGAUCAUGGGUUGUACUUGCAGUAAGAUUUUUUCAUAUGCUUUAAUGGAAAUUGCUCUGAAUUUCCAUCCCACCAGGCAGCCAAGAUGCUUGCCAGAGUGGCAGGGUGCCCCAUGACAGAGCUGUGAACUCCACCUCCUGGGUCUGCAUGUGCUGAGGUGCCCGUGGCUGGUCACAGUCACACAGCUCUCCUGCUUGGUUUCAUGCUUAGGAAAUGAAAUGCAUAACUGCCCUAUCACUGUUCCAUAGAGAAAAAAAAACGAAUGCUAAAUGGUAAUAGCUAAAGAGGAUUGUAACAAUGCUUUGUUAGAUGGCUUCUAGGAUCUUUUCAAUCCCAUCAAUGGCAGCAUUACAUAUUAGGUGACAGAACUGCACUUGGCUCUGUGUGUGCACCUAACUUACCUGUUAAGUUAAAUGCACAUGUUUAAUGCCCAUCUGAAUAUUAAGUGCCAAAAAGGGACUAGAUAUGAAAAACCUUGUUUCUCACAUUUCUCUAACAAAAUGUCACUUGAUGUGUGACAGUACCUGUGACUUCUCUUGAUGAAUUCAUCCUCUAGAUGUCUUCUGCUCGUAUUUCCCCAAAGGUUAUAUGUGGGAGGUAGCAGAGGAGAUGGAAACUUUGGCUCUGGGUACACUUCUCUGUCCUAGCAGAAUCCAUCCUGGUCUGUUGUGCCACUCUCCCUCUGCAGAGAAGCAGGAUGUGCCCAGGUGUGACCUGCAACAUGGGUGAUGUACAAUCAGCCAAUCUUACAUUCCUGGGCAGAGCUGUGACUGAGUGAUUUCAGCACAUGUAUGUGUCUGGGCAGGAUUCUGGUGGACAGUCAUGGGUUUUCUUAUCUAACUGAAAGCCUGUAAUAUCCAAGACGUACUUGACAAGAUGAAGGAAAGGUUUGAGGUUUUCUUCUACUUGUGUAAAUUGGAAUAUAUUCAGUGCAACUUCUGUUUUGUUGGCUAUUUGAAAUGAAAAUUCCAUGUAGCAGAGAAGGGGGUUUGUGUCUUUGCAUUUUUAUUGCAGUAAAACAUGAGAUUCUUGGGAAAUUCAGAAUAUGAAUAAAAUACUACUGUCUUGCAAGUGCUUUCUAUAUCUUGCAAAGCUUUAAAUAAGAUUAGGAAGGAGUAUGUGGGGUUAUUUUCACCGUUUCCAUAAAGAAACAAAUAGAUAUGUGAAAAUUGAUGUUCUGUGGCUAUCAAAACUGAACUUGAAUUGUAAGUGGAUCAGAAAUAUGUUGUAGUAUUUUAACUUUAAUUUAAAAGAUAUAAGGGAAAACUAUUUACAAAAAUAACUUUGAAGGAAGAUAACUGAAUAUUUAAAUAAGGAACAUCAAAAUGAUCAUCAUAAAUAAACAUCACAACUGAGAUUUCAAAGUAAUCCAUGUUGGCAGUUAAUCCAUGUUGACAGUAAAUCCAUGUUGGCCUUAUUUAUAAAUUGAAACAAUUUCCUAAUGCAUACAAAAGAAGCCUGUCAUUUUUCAAGAAUUAAUUUUCAUUAUAUGAUAGACUUCCAUGUUUUUACUUUUGUUGAAAUUGAAGCAUGAAAUACUGAAGGCUGCACUUAAAUGCCUUAAACAGUUACAUAGUGUCUUGAUGCAGAAAAAGUAUGAGUGGGGGUCACCAUGGCAGAACUUAUAUGAAAUAAUGUCCUUUAAAGGCUGGAAAGUGUCAGCUCUGGGGAAAUAUUUAUAUCCUAUAGACCUGCUUAUGGUCUCUCUUGUAUGGCCUGUUUUGCUCUCCUAUGACCAAAAUUUCCUGAGCAUUUAUGAUUUUUUAGGAUGGUCUCACUAAUCAUAAUCUAAUCAUUAAACAUGGAGGGAGGCCCCUCUCUCUCUCUGGUGUGCUUUGAAAAUAAACUUUAUAGAUCACAGAAAAAAAUACUGCUUUUAAAGGGCAUUCGUGUUUCACAGUACUGGCUUUCCUUGAGACAGAGCAGAGCUGUGAUCGUAGGGGUAAACUACCUGCAUUUUGUUCAAACAGAAAUAUGAGCUAUCUGAUUUGGAGUUGGAUCUGACAUUUAAUAUUGCCAUCCACAGAAGAUGGUUUGCUUUUGCACAGUUAAGUUUAUUUUGCAGUACUGUAGGUUGAGAGGCUUUUCUGGGCUUUGUUUAUCCUGGCUUUAAAGAAGCAAUCUGUGCUCUGUUUCUGAUAAAUUUCCCCUUGUGUUCAGUUAUGAUAGAUAUUCCUUUGAGUUGAUUGUAUAAAAAUACUGUAGCAGCAGAGCAGAGCAAAGAUCUAACUGUAUUUAUGUCUAUAUUCUGCCUUUAAACAUGAACAGCUGUGCAUGCAUUCAUCUGUCUCAUGUCUGACUCUGUGCUGCCAUCCAGAACCUUUUCCUUUU